AUGGGUGUGGCUCAAAACAACGUUGACAUGGAGGAAGGAACUCUUGAAAUUGGGAUGGAAUACAGAACUGUGUCUGGAGUUGCUGGACCAUUGGUUAUCCUGGAAAAAGUUAAGGGACCCAAAUACCAGGAGAUUGUUAAUAUUCGCUUAGGAGAUGGAACAACACGACGUGGACAAGUAUUGGAAGUAGAUGGUGAGAAAGCUGUUGUUCAGGUUUUCGAAGGAACGUCUGGAAUUGACAACAAAUAUACAACUGUCCAGUUUACAGGGGAGGUUUUAAAAACACCUGUCUCACUGGAUAUGCUUGGUCGUAUAUUCAAUGGCUCUGGGAAACCUAUUGACAAUGGUCCUCCAAUUUUGCCCGAGGCUUACUUGGAUAUUUCUGGCGAUUCCAUUAAUCCUAGUGAGAGAACCUAUCCUGAAGAAAUGAUACAGACAGGAAUUUCAACAAUUGAUGUCAUGAAUUCAAUUGCCAGAGGACAGAAAAUUCCUCUCUUUUCUGCAGCUGGUCUUCCCCAUAAUGAAAUUGCUGCCCAGAUCUGUCGUCAGGCUGGUUUAGUGAAGCGGUUGGAGAAAUCUGAUAAUCUCCUUGAGGAUCAGGAAGACGACAAUUUUGCCAUUGUUUUUGCAGCUAUGGGGGUUAACAUGGAGACAGCACAGUUCUUCAAACGUGAUUUUGAGGAAAAUGGAUCAAUGGAGAGAGUGACCCUUUUCUUGAACCUGGCCAAUGACCCAACAAUAGAACGCAUCAUUACUCCCCGCAUUGCCCUCACAACUGCAGAAUAUUUAGCAUAUGAAUGUGGGAAGCAUGUUCUUGUCAUAUUGACAGAUAUGAGUUCCUAUGCUGAUGCUCUUCGUGAGGUCUCUGCAGCACGAGAAGAAGUGCCUGGGAGGCGUGGGUAUCCUGGUUAUAUGUAUACUGAUCUGGCAACAAUCUAUGAGCGAGCUGGACGUAUUGAAGGAAGAAAGGGAUCCAUAACACAAAUUCCUAUCUUGACCAUGCCCAAUGAUGAUAUUACUCAUCCAACCCCGGAUCUUACUGGUUAUAUCACUGAAGGACAAAUUUAUAUUGACAGACAGCUUCAUAAUCGGCAGAUAUAUCCUCCAAUUAAUGUGCUUCCAUCCUUGUCUCGUUUGAUGAAAAGUGCUAUUGGUGAGGGCAUGACUCGCCGGGAUCACUCGGAUGUGUCUAAUCAGCUAUAUGCAAACUAUGCAAUCGGAAAGGAUGUCCAGGCAAUGAAAGCUGUGGUUGGAGAAGAAGCACUUUCUUCAGAGGAUCUGCUAUAUCUCGAGUUCCUUGAUAAAUUCGAAAGGAAGUUUGUAGCUCAAGGUGCCUAUGAUACCCGCAACAUCUUCCAGUCACUUGAUUUAGCAUGGACACUCCUUCGGAUCUUCCCACGGGAGCUUCUUCAUCGCAUUCCAGCAAAGACACUCGAUCAGUACUACAGCCGGGAUGCAGCCAAUUGA